AUGGCGGCGAGUAAUUAUUACGGCUUUGCGCAGGGCGCCGGCCCGCAGUACAGCCCCAGCGCGCAGCCUCCCCUGGCUUUUCCGCUCCCUGCGGCCGGAGCCAGUUUUCCCACGCAGCCUGCGAUCCUGACGUUUCCCCCCGCGGCCCAGUCCCCCAGGCCUCUUGCUUCAGCGGGGCACAGUGGAUACCAGCCCUACUCUGGCCAGGACAUCAGUUACAGCAGCCAGGGGCUGGCCCCCGUGUCCAGCGUGGCAUCUUCGUACCAGGACGGUUACGGCUCCGGCUCACCAGUGGCUGCCAGCAGCUGUGAGAAUAAGCCGUGUCGCCCGCCUUCUGCCGGCCAGCCUCCGCUCUCCGCCGCGGGCGCGCUCUGCCCGCCAGGGACGAAAGGAGCCUACGGUCAGCCCUGCGGGGGCUGCAGCCCAGCACAGCUGCCACAGCAGCCGCCCACCGCUCAGGAGGGCCAGGCAGCCAGCUCCACACCUGCCAGCCACACCUACGCCCCAGCCAGCGGCCAGCCGGCAGCCUCUGCCUCCCCUCUACCUCCCUACACCCCGGGCUCCUCUUUCAGCCCCGCCUCCGCCCCAUGCUCCGGCCCGAGCUACUCAGGCUAUGACACAUCCAUGUGCCCAGCUGCCAGUCUGUUCUACCCUCCACCGCUGCCCCCACAGAUACAGCCCCCAUCUGCCCCGGCACCCCUCCAGCCGCCGCCGCCGCCGCCGCCUCCCCAGCAGCCCCCAGCCCUCCCCAAGCCCGCAGACGCCUCCCUGUGGAGCAGCUCAGGGAGCAGUCCCAGUGCCAGCGCUGCUGACGGUGUCCCCAAGAAACCACCGGCCCCCAACAAGCUGCUGAGAGCCAAGGGCAGCCCCAGGUCGUCGCUGCUCCUCUACUGUGAGGUCUGCAAGGUCGGCUGCGCUGGUCCGCAGACCUAUCGUGAGCACCUGGACGGACAGAAGCACAAGAAGAAGGAGGCAGCUCAGAAGACCGGCAGCCAGCCCACCGGCAGCCCACGCCGGGUGCAGGCCCAGCUGCACUGCGGCCUGUGUGCUGUGUCCUGCACCGGGGCUGAGGCCUACGCAGCCCACAUCCAGGGGGCCAAGCACCAGAAGGUCUUCAAGCUGCACACCAAAUUGGGGAAGCCCAUUCCCAUCGUAGAACCAGCGCCGGGAAACUCCAGGUUGGCCCAGCCUGCCGGCAGCAGCGAGCCAGCCCCCCUCACCCCACUUGACCCCGCCGCCAAGCCCGUGGCCCCUGCCGGCCCCGGCACGCACACCUUGAGCAAGCCAGUGCCGCCCCAGCGACCCCCCGCCUCGCAGGCCGCACCCGCAGGGCUUUCUGAGGAACAAGCAGUGGGCAGCAGACCCCCUGAGCCCAAAACGGAGGAGCCCAGAGGACUAGCUACUGGAGGAGGCUCUGAGGAAGCUUCUGGAAGCUCCUGUGACUCGCAGCCAGUAGGCCCAGAGUAUGUGGAAGAGGUGUGCAACGAAGAAGGCAAAGUGACGCGGUUCCACUGCAAGCUGUGUGCGUGCAGCUUCAACGACCACAACGCCAGGGACAUGCACAUCCGGGGGCGGCGCCACCGGCUGCAGUACAAGAAAAAAGUGAACCCCGAGCUCCCCCUGGCACUCAAGCCCAGCCCCAGAACCCGGCGGGUUGUGGAGGAGCAGCUGCGGAAGCAGAGGCAGCUGACCAAGCGGCGGCUGGAGGCCAUGCGGCGCUGGCACAACCAGAUGAGGCAAGAUGACAUCUGCAGGAGGCGGCUGGCACAGGCGCCGGCUGCCCAGGAUGACCACCCGGGACACCCCAGGCCGGCCUGCCCGCCGCCCCUCAUGGUCAGGCCUGGGGAGCCCGCCCCUGCGGCCCUGCCCACUCGGCGGCCGGAGUCCAGCGAUGACCGGCACGUCAUGUGCAAGCACGCUGCCAUCUGCCCCACCGAGGAGGAGCUCCGGGCGGCGCAGAAGGCCAUCUCCCACUCGGAGCGCGCGCUUAAGCUGGUGUCUGACACUCUGGCUCAGGAGAGUUCCAGAAACCCAGAGCAAGAGGGCAGAGAGCGCAGUGGCCUCAACCCCUCCACUCGGAUCCUGAAAGGCGUGAUGCGGGUGGGCCUCCUGGCCAAGGGCCUCCUGCUUCGGGGUGACCGGAAGGUGCGGCUGAUCCUGCUCUGCUCCCAGAAGCCCACGCACACCCUGCUGCGGCGGGUCGCCGAGCAGCUGCCCCAGCAGCUCUUGGUGGUGACGGAGGACAAGUACCAGGUCUCCUCCGACCUCGAAGCCAGCAUCAUCAUCUCCGCCUGUGAGGAGCCCAGGAUGCAGGUCGCUGUGUCAGUUACCUCACCCUUGAUGCGGGAGGACCCCUCCACAGACCGAGAAGGAGUGGAGACGCCUCUGCCUGACCCAGAUGUCCUGAGCCCAGAGAAGUGCCUGCAGUCCCUGGCUGCCCUUCGCCACGCCAAGUGGUUCCAGGCGAGAGCCAGCAGCCUGCAGCUAUGCGUGAUUGUCAUCAGGCUCUUUCGGGACCUCUGCCGGCGUGUGCCCUCCUGGAGAGCCUUGCCAGGCUGGGCCCUGGAGCUGCUGGUGGAGAAGGUCCUGAGCAGUGCGACAGGGCCGCUGAGCCCCGGGGACGCCGUGAGACGGGUCCUGGAGUGUGUGGCCUCAGGGGCUCUCCUGACAGAUGGGCCCGGGCUCCAGGAUCCCUGCGAGAGAGGCCAGGUGGAUGCCCUCGGGUCCAUGACCCUCCAGGAGCGGGAGGACAUCACGGCCAGUGCCCAGCACGCCCUGCGCAUGCUGGCGUUCCGGCAGAUCCACAAGGUCCUGGGCAUGGGCCCUCUGCGGCUGCCCCAAACCAGCUACGGGGCGCGCUUCCGGAAGCGGCCGCGGGAGACCGGGGAGCUGGAGGAGGACGAGGCCCCCAGGAAGGUGGAUCAGCGGGCCCGAGGGCCUUGUGAGCGGCUGGCCUCCUGCGGACUGGGCGGGACGCCCCACUGAGCGGAGCGCACCCCCAGCCGGACAGUCCCGCUUUGCUUCGGAGUAAGAGUAAUGUUCUGUGUGUUUCCUUACAAACACUUGUGCUUUAGAUCAUUAAUCCGGUCACUGGGCAAUGGGAUUCGGGGGCUGGGGAGCACCCCUCACCCACACGUGGGCCUGCCCCAGAGGCAGGGUACAAGGUGCCCACGCCGACUUUAAAGUCCACGCUGGCUGACGUGGCUCUAAACUCCCUGCGGCCUCCCAGGAUGUGGCUUUCUAAGCGCCUUCCUUGCACGCUCCAUCCAUGAGUGGACUUGACAUCACGUGGGUCGAGCCCUCUGGGGGAUGCUGGUCUGGAAGACUCAGGAACAGGUAGUGGGGAGCAGGGCUGGGUGCUGGGCGCUAGCUCUCGGGUGUGCCCAGACUGGGUCCGCUCCCCUCCUCAGCCUGCGAGGCUCCCCGGAUCGGAGGUCUUGGGGCCUGAGCCGAUCUCAUGCCCUGUUCCAUGUGGGGAGUGAGACUGGGCCAGGGGGUGCUGAGCAUGAAGGCCGGCACUGCCCCUGCCCCCCAGAAACAUCGUGGCCUGACACUGGUCACCCUGACCAGGAGACCCCCUCAGCCCUGUACCACUGUGUGCCUUCUCCAGAACAGAGGGGUUGCUCUCUAAAGUCCAUCUGGGCCUGGGCUUGGCCUCUGACCUGGGUCCAGCUGGGUCUGAGUCAGGGGUCUCCAGGCCCAACCUAGUGGGACAGGGUGUGGGCGCCAUGCCUGCUACUGGGCAUGGGGGUCCCCGGCUCCCAUCAGUCCUAGCCUCACUUUUCCUUGGCCUUCUGCCCAGGGACAGUGAAGUGUCCACGUUGGGUGGAAGCCUCCUUGACUUCAUGCCUGGCCCUCUGGCCUCCAUGUGGCUUUGCGCUGAUGUCUUGUAGAGCCGCCUGGCACUUGGGGGCGGGGCAAUAAAGGCACUUGCUCUUC